AUGGCACUACUCAAGAACUGCCUCUGGCUCCUCCUGGCGGCCAAUGCCGCGGUCACAUCGGCCAAGCCUGGCGGGUUCAACUUCACCCGUGAGGCCAUCGACAGCGGCGAGGCGCUCGCCCAGCUCAACGUCAAGGCCCUCGAGGCCUCGCGCGCCUUGAGACGGGCCCUGGGCGCCAACGCCACCUGCUCGGACGACAAGCUUCGCGUCCGGAGGGAGUGGAGAACGCUGCCAGCGGAGGAGCGCAAGGCGUACGUCGCGGCGGUCAAGUGCCUCCAGUCCUCGCCCACUCUGCUGGACCCCGUCGAGCUGCCGGCCGCCAAGUCUCUGUACGACGACUUUGUGCUGACGCAUCUCAACCAGACGGGCAGCAUCCACGUCACGGCCAACUUCCUGCUGUGGCACAGGUACUUCACUUACGUCCAUGAGGAGAAGCUGCGCAAUACGUGCGGGUACACCGGAACGAUGCCCUACUGGGAAUGGGGCUACGACGUCGACGACCCGGCGGCCUCGCCCGUCUUCGACGGGUCCGAGACGUCCAUGGGCGGCAACGGCGCGCCCAUCGCGCGCGAGGAGGGCAUGCACCUCCUCCAGCGCGUCUCCAACACGACGAUCAAGCUGCCGCCCGGCUCCGGCGGCGGGUGCGUCGAGACCGGGCCCUUCUCCGACAUGACGGUCCACGUCGGCCCCCUCUCGCUGCUGCAGUACGGCACGACGGCGACGUUCGCCGUCGACAGGCCGACCGACGACCACCCGCGGUGCCUGCGGCGCGACCUCAACCGGCACGUCGCGGCGCGGUACGCCUCGUUCCGCAACACGACGGAGCUGAUCCUGGACCACGACGGCAUCGAGUGGUUCCAGGCCGUCAUGCAGGGCGACGACCGGUACACGCCCGGCGUGGAGAUCGGCGUCCACGGAGGCGGGCACUACACGAUAGGAGGCGACCCGGGCUCCGACGCCUUCAUCUCGACGGGCGAACCCGCCUUCUUCCUCCACCACGCGCAGGUCGACCGCGUCUACUGGAUCUGGCAGAUGCUCGACUUCGCCAACCGACAGGACAUCUUUGGCACCCUGACGCUGCAGGACAACCCCCCCAGCCGCAACGGCACCCUGGACGACAUCGUCGACGUUUCCCCCCUCGCCGAGCCGGUCAAGCUCCGGGACCUGAUGAGCACCGUCGGGGGAUCGCCUUUCUGCUACGUCUACGAGUAA